CAGUCGUGUAAUAGUAGAUAUUCUAAAAUCUACUAUCAUGACAAAAAUUAAUUCAGUGUCAUGCGUACUAUAGUUAAGUCCCACUCGUACUUUACUACUGUUUAGUGUUUAAUGUUUAUAUUUUUGCUAUACACAAAAUACACAAGUCGAUGAGCAUUAAGAAACAAUUUUUAUUUACUCAAUUUUGUUUUGACAAAAUUAGUUUGUACUCAUUUUUUAUUUUUUAAUGAAAUAAGUUUUCGAAUUAAGUUUUAAUAGGUUUUAUUCAGUAUGGGUGUACCAAAGUUUUUCCGUUACAUGAGUGAACGCUAUCCCUGCCUCAGUGAGCUUGUUAAAGAUUAUCAGAUUCCAGAGUUUGAUAAUCUUUACUUGGAUAUGAAUGGUAUUAUUCAUAAUUGUUCACAUCCAAAUGACGAUGAUCCUCAUUUUCGUAUAUCUGAAGAGACUAUUGUUAAAAAUAUUUUCCACUAUUUAGAGGUAUUAUUUCAAAUGAUUCAACCACAAAAAUUAUUCUUUAUGGCUAUUGAUGGAGUUGCUCCUCGAGCAAAAAUGAAUCAACAACGUGGCCGACGUUUUCGAUCAGCCCAUACAGCUGCUGAACAAAUGAAACAAGCGAUUUCCAGAGGUGAAACGUUACCUUCAGAAGAACGCUUUGAUUCUAAUUGUAUUACACCAGGUACCCCAUUUAUGGUACGCUUGCAAAAUGAGCUUGAAUAUUUUGUUGCCGAAAAAAUGUCCAACGACCCAUUAUGGACUAAGGUUCAGGUGAUAUUAUCUGGACACCAGGUUCCUGGUGAAGGAGAACAUAAAAUUAUGGAUUACAUUAGAUAUAUAAAGUCUCGUCCAGGGUAUAACCCUCAUACAAGACACUGUCUCUAUGGUUUGGAUGCAGAUUUAAUAAUGUUGGGACUAUGCACACAUGAACCAUAUUUUUCAUUGCUUAGGGAAGAGGUCAAAUUUGGACGUAAAGCAAAAAAAGAAAUAUCUGUAGAUGAAACACAAUUUUUUCUUCUACAUUUAUCAUUAAUGAGAGAUUAUCUUGGAUUAGAAUUUCAAGAACUGAAAGAGACAUUACCUUUUGAAUAUGAUUUGGAGUCUAUUAUUGAUGAUUGGGUAUUGAUGGGUUUUCUAGUUGGUAAUGAUUUUAUUCCACAUCUACCUGAUCUUCAUAUUUCAAAAGGAGCAUUGCCAAUAUUAUACAGAGUUUAUAUGGAUGUUCUACCUAAAGUAGAAGGCUAUUUGAACGAACAAGGUACAUUAAACCUAAAGCGGUUUCAAAAAUUUAUGGAAACUUUGGCUAAUUUUGAUUAUGAUCAAUUUAGAGAUACAUAUGCUGAUAUAAAAUUUUUAGAAGGCAAACGUUCUGCAAAUACUACAACUUCUAAUAAAAUUAAUAACGAUCCUGCUUACAAAGAUGAAUUAGCUGCAUUAAUAAAAGACACAGAUAGAAUUCUUUUGAGUGAUGAUGACGAAGAAGAUGAGUUUGAAGAAACUGAAGAUGAAUCCAUUAUGGCUGAAUUUACUUUGCAUAAAGAAAAUUAUUAUAAAAACAAACUUGAUUACAAUGUUGUUACAGAUGAUGUAAUGCGUUCACAAGCUGAAGGAUAUAUCAGGGCAUUGCAAUGGAAUCUAAAUUAUUAUUAUAAUGGUUGUUGCUCGUGGUCUUGGUAUUAUCCACAUCAUUAUGCCCCAUAUAUAUCUGACAUUAAGGGUUUUGAAAAUCUUAAAAUAGAAUUUGAUUUGGGUCAACCAUUUUUGCCAUAUGAACAGCUGUUAGCAGUAUUGCCAUCACUUAGUAAAGAAUUGUUACCUAAACCUUUUCAAGAUUUAAUGACUGAAGAAGCUAGUCCUAUAAGAUUAUAUUAUCCUGAAAAAUUUGAAACCGAUCUUAAUGGCAAACAACAUGAAUGGGAAGCAAUUGUACUAAUCCCUUUUAUUGACGAAGAAAUUUUAAUUAAAUCUAUAAAAAUGGUUGAACAUAAAUUAACAGCAGAUGAGAAAAGUAGAAAUACUCAUGGUCCCAUGCAUCUUUUUAUGUAUACAAAGAAAAAUCUUGGUACGGGUUCGAUUUCAAAAUAUUUUCCAUCAAUCGAAGAGAGUCAUGCCGAAAAAAUAGCUAUAAACCGUGAAGAUAUUUUUGUUGACAUAGGUGAUCUAGUUAAAGGCUUAUAUCCAGGUUUACAAAUGGAUGUUUACCAUGUUGGAUUUCCAUCACUUCAUCUUAUUCCAAUUACAGCACAAUUACAAAGGCGUAAUGUAAAAGUAUUUCAAUCGCCUAGUUUGGGUGAAAAUAUGAUAAUAAAAAUUGAUAAUAAAGAUGAAAAUGAUAAUGAAAGUAUACAACAUAUUGCUAAGGAAUUGCUUGGAAAUACUCUUUAUGUUAAUUGGCCUCACCUUGAAGAAAUUAAGGUUACUGCUGUUUCAAAUACAACAGUAAAAUUAUCAUUUAAUGAGGAUGAACAAUUGGUAGUACGAGAAAUGAAUGAAUCAGAUAUACAAGAGUUUAAUCUACUGGCCCAAGGCAUUGCUAAGAUGUUUAUUACAACACGUGGUAUUGAUAUUGGUAAGACUCAUGUAUUAUUGCGUGGUCAAACUUUAAAAGGAACCAAAUAUGUGCCAAGGCAGGAUGGAAGUGGAGUUGAUCUUAUAAAAGUUUGGAAUGAUAUUUCAUCAACAAUUGCCUAUCAAACAUCCAUACCUGGCUUGGAAGUAAUUGAUCCAAGUUUGAAGGAAAGUUAUUUUACUCUGGAAAAAUACUUUCCUCUGGGUAGUAAAGUGUUUGUGCUGGAUGCUCCGUUUUAUGGUUGUCAAGCAGAUGUUCUCGGAGGUUUUAUAUCUUCACGAGUUAAGAUUAAUAUAAUACUUGAACCAGAACCAUACAUUCAUGAUUUGAAAGAACGUCUAGAAUCUGUUUCUACAGAACUUUUUUAUGCUAAUACUGCAGCAUCUAAACUUUCAAUUAAUUCACAUUUACUUGCUAAAAUUACUGGAACAAUAUUCUUAGCAGUUGAAACAUAUGAAGACAGGAAUGAAAAAAAAAUAAAUAUUGGAAUGAACCUUAAAUCAAAUAAACGAAAUGAAGAAGUUGUUGGAUUUACAAAAAAAUUUGAGAAUGUUUGGAUGUAUUCACAAAAAACGAUAGAUUUGUUAAGUGAGUAUAUUCGAAGAUUCCCAGAGUUAAUAAAUGUUUUAUUAAAUACAGAAAGUGCCAAGGAUACUUUUAAGUCUGAAGAUAUGUUUCCAGAUCCAAGUACAAGAAAACAAAAAUUAGAUGAACUAAAAAAAUGGCUUGGUGAAAUCCGUUCAUUAACUAAAGAUAAACAAACUUGUGGAUCAAUGGAACCAUCUAAAAUAGCUGCUGUGGUAAAAUAUAUGGAUGAAUUUAUGACAGAAAAUUUAAAACACAAAAAAACUGUGACAUUAAGUGUGAAAUCACAAAAUCUUUUUAAACCAAUAACUAAACUAGACAAAUUAAAAGCUGACGAAGGAGCAGACACACGCGUAUUAGACCGUAUAGUAUGUAUUCGAUCUUCAUAUCAAGUCCCUCUUGGUUUCAAAGGCACAGUAAUCGGUAUUUCUAAAUCAAAUAUUGAUACUGAGAUUGUGUAUAGUGUUAUAUUUGAUAAGGAAUUUCCAAAUGCUGUAUCAUUUGGUGGUUCUACUAAUCGUGGCUAUAAAUUGUGUAGAAUGUCGUUCAUAAACUUAUCACACGCUAUACGUAAUGGGUUAUACAAACCUUUAGUUGUAAAAAAAACCAUAAAUCAGACUCAUAAUUCAGAGAAACAGAACACUCAACUGAGUAUAUGGGAACACUUGCAGUCAAAUAAUAAUGGUUCUGAAAUCAAACUUAAAUCUCGGGAAGAAAAAAUCACAUUGGCUCCAAAAGAAUCGUGGCGACGUCAACAAAAAAAAGAAUCUCAAGGUUUAAACAAGAUUAACAAAAUUCUCCAAGCACCUACUGGGACAGUUAAUGAUGGACAUCAUAUUAAUAAUAAUUCCAUCAAAAUACAAUUGAAUGCUGAAGCAUGUGAAUUUAAAACAAUUGCAUUAAAGAAAAUGUUAAAAAUCCAAUCGGAAGAUAAUUUUGUUCCAUCACCAAAUGAAAUUGAACCAGAAUAUUAUUCUAAUAAAUCAGUAAAUUAUAUACCAGAAACAUCUUUUCGUGAUUUAAAAACAAUAGAACCUCAAUGCUCUAAUUAUAAUACUAAUGAACAAAUGAAUGAAAAUGUAAUUCCAAAACUCAACAACCCGAUGGAAAGCAAUGUUCAAGAAAAGCCAAUGGUUAUAGCAUUGGAAAAGUAUUAUAUACAGAAAGGUUAUAAUCUUCCUAAGUAUAGUUUUAUAAAUUCAGUAGAUGAUAAUGGGUUUAAAAUGUAUAAUGCAGAAGUGAUUUUACCAAGUGGUGUUACAAUACGAGGAGAAGCAAAACAUUCAUAUAUUGAGGCAUCUGAAGAAGUUGCUUCUCGUGCAUUGGUUAUUGUUCAACAAAUGGAUGCUAAUAAAAAUAAUGAACACCCUACACAGAAAAAGCCACCCAAGUCAGAUCGAAGAGCUAUGUCUCAACAAGCAUCAUCAAAUGUGUUUAUGAAUUGGAUUACAUCUUUCAAUUCUCAACCUUCUUAUCAGCCACAACUUCAUCAACAGCAGCAGCAGCAGCAACAACAACAGCAGCAGCAACAACAGCUACAGCAACAGCAGCAACAACAACAACAGCAUCAGCAACCCCAACAGCCAUAUCCACAAGUGCCCCAAUAUUUUGAGUAUUCCUCACAACACUACCGACCAUCAUUUCAGCAGUUUCCACCUGGUUUUCCAGUUUCUGCUCAACAGUCAUUUCAAGUACCUUUUCCACAACAAGUCUAUAGACAACAAAGUCAUAUUGGUUAUCCACUUCAACAGCAACAGUUUUUGAACUAUCAACAAGAAUUGCAGUAUUCUAAAGCAGUACCAGUUUUCACAAGUUUAGUAAAUCCAUCACAAUUACCACAACCACCUGUCCAUUGGCAACCCACAAACAGAAAUUUAAUAAAUAAUGAAUAUCCAAUGAAUACUAUUCCCAACGUCUACCAUCAACCUCAACAAAAUAUGAAUUAUCAACAAUAUAUGCCAACAACAACGAAUGAUAUACCAAUGAAUGAACAGUACAUGUCAAGUAACAGAGUAAUGAUUCCAAGUCCUUCGAGUGCAUUUUCACCAGCAGCUAAUGACCAGUCCACAUCCAAUCGUAAAGUAAAAGUAGCUGCAAAUUUUAACUCUUCACAACCAUAAUUGCUCGUUCUUUACUUAUUAUAUUAAUCUUUAUUUUCAUAUUCAUUCAUAAAUUGGAAAAUAAUUUGAAAUUGCAGUUUGUUUGUAGGUAUAACGUACAUUAAUUGGGUAUUUUAAUAUAUUUAUAAAAUUAUAAUUUUAAAAAUUGACCCAGCCUAUUCCUACCCUGAAAUAUUAGGUUGAUACUUAGCGUUUUAAUUUAUGUAUCUGUAUUAAUUUUUUAAUUUAAGAUUGUAAU